GACAAAUGCAUUUUAAAGUGUAAUUUGAAAUUUUCAAAUGCAUGUAGAAAGACAAUCUUUGAUAAAUUUUACAAUCUGUGUGACAUAACAAGAAAAAGAGAUUACAUAUCAAAACUCAUUUCUUUUUCCAGUAACAAUAAUGAGCAACCACUUACAGCUCGUAAACGCAACGCAUCGUUUUACCUUGAGAUAGAUUGUAGAAGAGAGCGAGUUUGUAAAUUAAUGUUUAAAUCUACAUUUGCUAUUUCUAACAAUUUUAUAUCUACUGUCAUGAAAAAGAGUGAUGUUAAUGGUUUUACAGGAGGAGACUUAAGAGGAAAGCAUGGGAAACAGAAGAAAACUGAAGAUGCAUUAGUAAAUUCAGUAAUGGAACACAUAAAUAAUUUCCCACGGAUUGAAUCCCAUUACUGUAGGGCAAGAACUAAUAAGGAGUACUUGGAAGUUGAACCAUGGUGUCAACUGAUAAGGUUGUACCGAAGGCUGGGUUACCAGCAGGAGACUACAAGAUAGUGGCUUGGGACUUGGACACUACUGGGAGGAGACUGAUAGAUGAAUUCUGUCAUGUUGCUGGCUAUACCCCAGAGGACAAGUUCUCUCAGUAUGUCAUGCCAUACAAGGAUCUGGACCUAAUCUCUAAACGGAGGCACCAAGUUAGAACAGUGACUGUAGGAAAAUAUCGUAUGCUGAAGGACCUUAAAACUGGAAAGGUAUUUCAGUUACACGUAAUACAUAAACUUGUCCACAAAUACCAUAAAUACUCAGUUUCUUCUUCAUUCAUUGAAAACUUGGUUCAUAAGCUGAUGUUAACUUGAUAAGUGGAUUGAAGCUAACUUUUACUGCCUUAGUAACACUUGUGUUUUAGUAAUCAGCUGUUUUAAAAAUAAAACUAAAAUACUCUCAUAAGAUAAA